GAGUGACAUUUCCCAAGAAGUAUAUAAACGUAAAACCCUCGCGAUUCCCAAGGAAAAACUUACGCGGUCCCAAGAAAAAGGUAAAAAAAAUUCACAAUGUCGGCGGAGGAGGACUGAUCUUUCAUUUCUCCUCGGACAUCGGCGCUGUCUUUGGUCCUCUGCAAAUCUCGAGCUCACUUUUCAGACAACCUAAGUUACCUUCUUUACCUGCCAACUGAACACAGUUAAAAACCUAACGGCAAGUGGUGGUCGUAAAGAUUUCUUCGAGCCAUGGAUGAUAUGAAUGUAUGUCCAACUGAGGAGGCCAUUCAGGCUUUUUUGGAAUACUUGGUUGACCCAAUACUUUCACCUAAAUCUUCUAUGCGCGAUACACCGUCGUUAUCUCAACAAGAAUCAGUUGCAAAACAGGUUCAUGCCGUUGUGUUACUAUACAACUACUACCACAGAAAGCAAUGUCCGAAGCUAGAAGAUUUGAAUUUUGAUUCCUUUUGCAAGUUGGUUUUGUUUCUGAAACCAGCCUUGAUGGUUUAUAUGAAAUUCAUGCAAAGCCCCAACGACACUAAAUUGGAUGACCUGGAGAAACAACUUUCAGUGACGGAAAAAGCAAUUGUGGAUGCAUGCAGUAUGUCUCUAAGUUUAGAUGCAUUAAAGGAUGUUCCAAACACAGAGGGAUGGCCAAUUUCCAAAGUUACAGUUCUUUUAGUUGACUCCAAGAAGGAGAACUGCUUUUUGCUAUUCAAUUCCAUUACCCAGGGGGUUUGGUCAGUGAUUGAAAAAGAUUUAGAUGUCUCAGUCCACAGUCCGGAAGAUAAAGCGGUGGAAAAACAUGUACACAAAAACAAAAGAGUUACUGGAAAACCUUCAAGAAGAGAAUCAACAAUUGAUGAACCUACUCUCCGAAAACUUGCAUAUUCAGCAGUUAGUGAAGCUACAGGUAUUAAUCAAUCUGAUCUGCUGCUUUUGGAACGCCAUUUUGUAUUUUCUGUGAGUAGCAAAAAGGCGGCUGCUUGCUUCUUUAUAAUUCAGUGCACCAAAACUGUCAGUGAGGGUAUUAUUCCAGUUCCUAUUAAAGAUGUUAUUGAUAGUCUGCAGGGUCCUUUGGUCCAAAAGAGUUUCGGCAGCUGGGCAGUUACGCCAGUCGUUGAGUACUUCCAUGUGCUUCCUUAUGCUGGGACUUUGUUAGACUGGUAUCCCAGGAGAGAAUUCUCGAAUGGUUUGCGAGAUUCAAGCCUAGGGGAUGGAAAUAUAAUUUUAAACAGCUGUGAAAGGAUUGGAAGACCUAGCAAGCAAGAACUUCAUGAAAGCCAGGACAAAUCUCCCGUAAAUGAUGUCAUGAUAGAGAAUCUUGAAGACAACACAAGUGUUUCUAAACCUAAUCCCCAAUCAUUCAAGGAAAAAGAUACAACUGGAUGUUCCAAGAAGAGUUUGGUUGAUGCUUUCAAUGGGCCUCAGAAAAUGGAGGCGGGUGACACUUUCAUGGUCCCACCACAGAAUGAUCAAAGCUGCAAGAAGAUUUCAAGCACCACUCAAGUUAUCGAUCACCAUGUGGAGAUUCUUGAAAAUAAAACAAUUAGAUAUAAACCUCAACCAAGGAAGCAGAAAGAUACUGCUGGAUGCUGCAAGACAAGUUUGGCUAAUGCUCUCAAUGAACCUCAGAAAGUUGUGAUCGAUGACCCUUCCAUGGUCCCCUCACAGAAUGGACAACACUGUAAGAACACUUCAAGCACCAUUCAAGUUGUCAACCACCAAGGAAAGAGGACAUCCUCUACCAAAAGUGAAUUACAUGGCUCAGCAAGUAAUGCUAAGGUUGAGGUGGUGAACUCGAAAACAGGGCCAUUCAUUACUGACUGCGGAGUUGAAAACCUUGUUUCUGGAAAGGAGAUCUGUACCAUUAACGCGUUUGAUCAAAAUGGCUUUGUCACCUGUCAAUCUGGUUCUCAAGAUCUUGAAAAACUACAGAUUGCUAUAGCUUCAAAAGGAAACAUCUUGUCACAAACUGCAUUGGGAGUUCUUAUGAAAAGGAGGGAUGAUCUGUCUCUUCAGCAGCGCAAAUUAGAGGAUGAGAUUGCUCAGUGUGAUAAAAAAAUCCAGACAAUUUUAUAUGGUGGGGAAGAUGACUUGGCUCUAAAGGUAGACUCCAUAAUAGAAGCUUGUAAUGAUGUAUACGCAAGAAGUGAAAGGAACUGUAGACUGCAUGAAGAUCAAUGCUCUCCUCAAAAUGUGAAGAGGAAGAGGUUGUCAGAGGCUAUUCUCAGCGUGAAAAAUCCAUGCCAGGAAUUGGAUGGUGCUUGUUAUGACAACAAUUGGAUAUUACCAACUUAUCGUGUAUCUCCAUCAGACGGUGGAUUCCAAGCUGAUGUUACAGUAAAAGGGAUGGAUUUCGAGUGUUCAAGUGUGGGUGGCCUGUGUUCAAAUCCUCGUGAGGCAAGAGAAUCGGCUGCAGCACAAGUUUUGGCAAAAUUGCGAAGUACGGCAGGGCAGGCAUAGAAUUUCCAAGGUUCUUCGUUGACAAGAUAGGAAGUGCAUUGCAUUUGCACUCACCAUAACUUCUAGUAGGUUUUUGUUGUGCUUCAGUGAAGUUUGGAUCGGAGCAGUAGAUUGUUUAACGUCGUUGUUUGACUAUUGAAAAUUUGCUUAGCCUCUGAUCUGUGUCGUGUGGAUUGUUUAACGUCAUAGUUUGAAUCGGAGCAGUGGAUUGGUUUGAGGUUUCCUAAACCUUCCGAUGGAAAAUUAUCGAAAACCUUAACAAACUUGAUGUUACUCGACUUUUGAGAUUUAUGUCAAACAAGUCCAUUGUCUCGUGUU